CUCUCCAAUAUGUGAUGUUCUUCAUUUCACCGAUGAAACAUUCCUCUUUCCUUCCUUCUUUAACCCUUGGAAGAACCAUCUCCUUUCUCCAAUACAGACAAUCACAAUGAAAGAUCAAACAGGCAAAUCAUGCUCUUGUCCUUCCUUAAAAUAUUUAUCCUACAAAGUGGGAAACAUACUUUGCCAUCGUACUUCAAAAAUUAGGUACAAGAGAUUGGACACGAAGCUUGAAAAGAAGGUGCUCGAAGUGAAGAACACACCAUCAUCAAGGCAUAACAAGUUCCAAACAAUCAAUAGCAUCAUCAUGAAGUUUCCUCAAUUCAAAGAGGGAUUGAAGAAUAUUAAGGCCAUUUUCCAGCAAUACGAUGAGGACUCAAACGGGGCAAUUGACAAAGAGGAAUUAAAGAAAUGUUUGGAGGAAGUGCAGCUUCAUCUCUCCGAAAAGGAUGUGGAGGACUUGUUUCAUUCUUGCGACAUUGAUGAGAACCAAGAAAUACAAUUCACAGAAUUUAUCGUUCUUUUAUGCCUCAUCUAUCUCUUGAAAGAAGCUGCAUCAACUGAUGAGACGGAAAAGAUAGGGUCACCUUCAGUAGAAGCAACUUUUGAUACGAUCAUUGAAGCCUUCUUGUUUCUGGAUAAAGAUGGCGAUGGGAAGUUGAAGAAGAAAGACGUGUUCAAAGCACUGAACGAGGCUUCACCGAGGGAGAGAUCUCCUCGGCACGUUAACAGGAAACGAUUUAAGGAGAUGGAUUGGGGUAGAAAAGGAAACGUUACCUUUAGAGAGUUCCUUUUUACUUUCAUUGAUUGGGUUGGUGUGGAAAUCGAUGACAAAGACGGUAACGGCCUCAGCUCCGGCGACGGCGAUGUCUACAGCGAUGAUCUUCCAUCGUGGAUACCAGUCGAGAGAAAAGAUAGCAUGUGACAUUCAUAAAUUUAUAAAUCAAACGAGACAACAUGAAACUAUUAUACAUGUGAUUUGAACAUGCAAGAAACACAAUUGAAAUGCUCUGUCUGUAUGCAGAAUAUAUACUUG